CAUGAACAUUUCAUUGCCCAUGUGACAAAGGUCAUGAGACACUUUCAGGCCAUGCCCAUGUGACAAAGGUCAUGAGACACUUUCAGGCCAUGUGCUGCUUUCAAAGCAUUCUCUGCACUGGGAUCAGUUUUAGCCACUUUCAAAACACAACAGCCACUGGGAGUUAGCCUGGUUGACACGACCCACCUGAUUCAGUGCAUGGAGAGUUGUGGCCACACUGGUCUGGAAGGGAGGCAGUUUGUUAAUGCAAUAUUCUCUCAGAAAUUGUACGACAGGUUUGAUUGAUUCACUCAUGUAUUUUGUGGCUUGGGGGUUGAGACCUCUUGUUAGGAUUUGAAAAUCCAACUGUUGUAAUGGAAGGGGGUGACACUUGGGGGCUGUGUGUGGCUUUGGGUGUUUGAGUGAAAAAGACGGAGAGACAAUUAGCCCCCUUCAUUAUCAACACAUUGUGCAGAGUCCAACAACAUCAAAAAGACAUUCCAGACUUUGAGGACUUUGAGAGUUAGGUGUUUGCCAGACUAACUGGGAGUGGGAAUGGGGCCAGAAUUUAAUUAUUUACUAAUUUGUUACAAAAGAAUCUCAAUAUUUGUGAACUGAUUGAAGCUGUUGUUUAGAAGUUUGGAUAUGAUGAUGACGUUUCAACCUCCUGAAUAGUUAUUAAUGGAACCAGUGAGCACCCUUAUACUGGGCCUAAUAUAACCCUGGAUCUUCCAACCAAGGUACCCAUUAGAAAAACAUGGCCUUGAUAUAUUGAUCUAGGUUUCCAUUUCUAUUGUUGUCUUUUCAAUUAGAAAUGGUAAAAGACCUCAUGGUUCCAAAGGAAAGUGAUCUUUGGAACUGAGCCAAGGCAUUGCUAGGAGAGAUCCAAGAAGUCGACCAGUAAGAGAGAGAGCUAGGGCUAGGCUAUUAAGUAUUGAGCCAAUGGAAGGGCUGGUUAUGGCUUAACUCGCAAAGUCAGGGAGAGGUGGAAAACAAUCACUGAGGGAGAAAAAAAAACACUCAUACCGCACUCAUAUUGGAGCUGAGGGGACAGAGAGCAACAAGCUCAAGGAUUGAAACUGGACAGCUUCAAGAGAGGAAAAGUGAUAAUAUCUAUGAGAUUGUUCUGAUUCAGCUUGUAUUGCUUUGAGCAGAGACAUUAGUUGCAGGAUAUAACUUACAGGUAACAGAAGUGAAGAUGUUUGCGGUGCACUUGCUCUCUUUCUAUUUCUCCAAGCUGCAGGAGGACCAAAUCAAGAAGGUGGACAGGUUCCUGUAUGCCAUGCGUCUCUCCGAUGACCAGUUAGUGGACAUUUCAGCUCGCUUUCGUGCAGGGAUGGAAAAAGGACUGUCCAGUGAAAGCAACGCUACAGCCGCGGUCAAGAUGCUGCCCACACAUGUCCUCUCAACCCCCGAUGGAUCAGAGAAGGGAGAGUUCCUGGCUUUAGAUCUGGGCGGCUCCAAGUUUAAAGUGCUCCAGGUGAAGGUGUCAGAGAAUGGGAAGAGAAGGGUGGAGAUGGAGAGUGAGACAUACCCUAUCCCAGAGGAACUCCUGAACGGUAGAGGGACUGAGAUGUUUGAUCAUGUUGCAGAGUCUCUGAAAGACUUCCUGCAAAAGAAGCACAUCAACCAGAAGAGGAAAGCUUUGGGCUUCACCUUCUCUUUCCCUUGUGGACAGUCCAAAAUAGAUGAGGGAGUGCUGUUGUCAUGGUCAAAGAACUACAAGGCCAGAGGAGUCCUGGGGACCAAUGUGGUGCAAUCCUUGAGACAGGCCAUUGAUAGAGUCGGGGGAAUCAAUGUGGAUGUCCUGGCCCUUGUUAAUGACACAGUGGGAACCAUGAUGACCUGUGGCUAUGACGACCAGCGUUGUGAAGUGGGGGUCAUCAUAGGCACAGGUACUAAUGCUUGCUACAUGGAGGAGCUGAGACACAUUGACUUGGUGGAGGGAGACGAGGGCAGGAUGUGCAUCAACACAGAGUGGGGAGCCUUCGGGGACGAUGGGACACUCGAUGACUUCAUUACACACUUUGACCGAGAGAUUGAUGCUGCCUCCACCAACCCAGGGAAGCAACUGUUUGAGAAGAUGGUGAGUGGGAUGUACAUGGGGGAGUUGGUGAGACUCAUUCUGUUAAAGAUGGCCAAGAAGGGACUACUGUUUGAUGGCAGAGUUUCCGAUGCUCUACGCACCAAAGGGAAAUUUCAGACCAAACACAUCACUUUAAUUGAACAGUACAAAGACGGGCUGAAGAACACCAGGGAAAUCCUUACGGAGCUCGGCCUGUCUCCCUCAGCAGAUGAUUGCCUUGCCGUCCAACACGUCUCCACCAUCGUGUCCUUCAGGUCAGCUAACCUCUGCGCUGCCGCGCUGGCUGCCAUCCUCACCCGCAUCCGCGAGAACAGGAAGCUGAAGAGCUUGCGGAUCACUGUUGGGGUUGACGGAACUGUCUACAGAACACAUCCACAGUACCCCAAGAGGCUCCACAAGGUGGUGCGCCAGUUGGUGCCAGAGUGCCAUGUGCGCUUUGUGCUGUCUGAGAGUGGUAGCAGUAAGGGGGCUGCUAUGGUCACAGCGGUGGCUCAGAGGCUGGCGGCCCAGAGGAGGGAGAUCAACGACACUCUUGCUCUACUCAGCCUGAGUCCAGAGAACCUCCAGCAAGUCAGGGACAAGAUGAGAGUGGAGCUAGAGAGAGGCCUUAGGAGGGAUUCUCACAGAACUGCCUCUGUUAAAAUGCUGCCCUCCUUUGUGUACAGGAUACCUGAUGGGACAGAGCGAGGAAAGUACUUGGCGUUGGACCUGGGAGGAACUAACUUCCGGGUGUUGGUGGUGAAGAUCCGGAGUGGAAUACGCAAGUCUGUCCGCAUGUACAACAAGAUCUACGCCAUCCCUCUGGAGAUCAUGCAGGGCACAGGAGAGGAGCUGUUCGACCACAUUGUCCAGUGCAUCUCAGAUUUCCUGGACUACAUGGGGAUGAAGAAUACUCGUCUCCCGCUUGGUUUCACCUUUUCUUUCCCCUGCAGACAGACAGGAAUCGAUAAGGGAAGUUUGGUUAGCUGGACCAAAGGGUUCAAAGCCACAGACUGUGAAGGAAAUGAUGUUGUGGAAAUGCUCCGGGAGGCUAUCAAAAGACGGAAUGAAUUUGAUCUUGACAUUGUUGCCGUGGUGAAUGACACAGUGGGCACAAUGAUGACAUGUGCAUAUGAAGACCCCAAGUGUGAGAUAGGACUCAUUGCUGGAACGGGGAGUAAUGUGUGCUACAUGGAGGAGAUGAGGAACAUUGAGAUGGUGGAGGGGGACGAGGGACAGAUGUGUGUGAACACAGAGUGGGGCGGUUUUGGCGAGAAUGACUGCAUAGAGGACAUCCGGACCAGGUUUGACAGAGAAGUAGAUGAGGGGUCAUUGAACAACGGCAAACAAAGGUUUGAGAAGAUGACAAGUGGUAUGUACUUGGGGGAGAUAGUGAGGCAGAUUCUCAUCGACCUAACCAGGAGAGGUCUUCUGUUCCGAGGCCACAUCACAGAGCCUCUGAAGACCAGGGGCAUCUUCGAGACCAAGUUCCUGUCCCAAAUAGAGAGUGACCGGUUGGCGCUACUGCAGGUGAGGUCCAUCCUGCAGCAGCUGGGUCUGGACAGCACAUGUGAUGACAGUAUCAUCGUCAAGGAGGUGUGUGGUACAGUGUCCCGCCGGGCGGCUCAGCUCUGUGGAGCCGGAAUGGCCGCCAUUGUCGACAAAAUCAGAGAGAACCGUGGGCGGAACCAAAUGAACAUCACCGUGGGGGUGGACGGAACACUCUACAAGCUGCAUCCACACUUUUCCAGAAUCCUCAAGGACACGGUCAAGGCUCUGGCGCCACAGUGUGACGUGGAGUUUGUCCUAUCAGAAGAUGGCAGUGGCAAAGGGGCCGCCCUCAUCACAGCUGUGGCGCGUGGAGAGAAUUAACACAAAAUUAGACCUCGUUUAUGCACAAUAUUUUGUGCCAAACACACAAAGGAAUUGGUAACCUUGUGGUUCUUCCUCAUCGUCAUCUGCCAUUGUAAAUGUAAUGUAUGGAAGGUGUGAUGCUGUGCAAUAUUCUCUGGCCAUAGUACCACUGCAAUAUAAUAAAAUGGCUACUGUUAAAAUUCUGUCUGUAUUGGGAUUCUCCACCUCUACACUGCUAAAACCUAUCCAGACCCUCUUGCAAAACAUUGAAUGGGUUAGGACGAAGGAGAAAAGGUAGGGAGCAGAUUGAGACUCGCUGCUACUAUCUAGAUGUGUUAUUGCUUUGUUUUGAAAUGGUCCUCAUGCUCUCAGCAGACAGGGACAGCAAUGGGAGUGGGCCAGAGCAGAGGGUGUUGGAAAAUGGAAUGGAUCAGACUGUAAUGUCAUAACAACACUAUUCAGCAUUGUGAUGAUCUGGUUAGUGAAGUCUGAGGAAGUUAAACUUGCAACUUUGUUCAAGCUCUCCAUAUGCAACAGAGUAUGUGUCAACUUGUGUGAUGCUUUUUUAUUUUAGAUAUCAACAGGACUAAUUCCACUUAUAUGAAUAUGUUAGUACUGAAGGAAAUCCCUAUCUCCAUGUACAGAAUGUACCCAUUAAAGGUAUGUGUAUUCAAUAAACUACUCCAAAUAAUACAAUUGAAA